AUGAGCACUGUUACUGACAGCAUUAAGCUAGGCCUGAGUCCAGACGCCGAACGUAGGCCAAGGGUGAACGUAAGUGCGGUAGGCGGCAAUGGCACAGAGGGCACUUUCUCGAACGAGAAAAGGCUGCCAAAAUUGCCGCUACCGGAUCUUCGGGUCUCUUUGGAAGCGCUGAAUGAGAGUUUGCAGCCGUUGUAUUAUGCAGACGGCUACUACAAGCACCCCUUAGAGCCAGAACAGCUGAGGGGUCUAUCAAAUGACAUUUCUAUCUUUCUCGAAAGCGAAGCGGCUAAAAAAUUGCAAGGGAAAUUAGAAGAGUUCUCUCUUGUAAAUGACUGCUACUUGGAUAACUUGCACUUGGACGUUAAUAACAGCUACACGAAUGCUGUACAGGAUGAAGUUUUACCAAGGAACCCUUUUCUGGUGCUGGCAGAAGAUGCUGUGCCAGAUAUAACGCAAACAGACAGAUCCGCGGUGCUUGUCCAUUCGGCUCUCAGGUUCAUCGCUGCAUUAAGAAAUGGAGUCUUGCCAGUGGAUCGCAACGCGAAAACAGGAGAGCCGCUGUCAAUGUUUCCUUAUUUGAAUCUAUUUGGUACCACGAGAUGUCCCGUUUUUGUUGAAGGUGAGAUUGAGAAUUUUGAUCUUGAAAAGCCUUAUACGGAUUCGGAUUUGGAAGCUGGAUGGUCAUCCUCGUCUUCUUCAGAGUGUGAAGAUGAUGGCGAUCAGGAUGUUGAAGGUACAAAGUCAAAGUCGUUUAUGUCAAACGAACAGAUCUCCAAUAAGAAUGAUAUUUUCACAAAACAUGGUAUCAGCUCCAAGAGGUACCCUGGAUCGAAGCACCUUCUGGUCAUUUCAAGAGGUCAAUAUUAUACUCUGGAUGUUUUCGACGACUCAAAUAACAUAAUUCACGAUGUAUCAAGUUUGGUUGCAGCUUUCAAUUUCAUUUUACAUGAUUCAAUGAAGCCCUGUACGUUUAAGAAAUCAACAGCGUUAGGCAGUUUGACGUCACAUUCGUUCAAAAAUUGGAAAUAUGCGAGAAAGAGGUUACAAAAGAGAUAUCCAGAUGAAUUAAUGCUCAUUGACUCUUCACUAUUUGUGCUGGUACUUGAUGAAUCAACCGAUUGUGAAAAGAAGUUUACAAAUGAAAUUGACUUCACCAUUGAAAAAGGACUAAAUACAAGCUCAUCCGAUUGUAAAAGGUUGUUUUAUGGAACCUCGAUAAUUGACGAUAAAGGUCAUCAAGUUGGCUCUUGUAUAUCCCGGUGGUAUGACAAAUUGCAAUUGGUGGUGACGGCAGAUUCGAAAGCAGGAGUUAUUUGGGAUUCUUUCACUUGUGAUGGUUCAGCAGUUUUGAGAUUCAUUUCUGAAAUUUAUACAGAAUCUGUUUUAAGAUUGGCGAGAGAUGUCAAUUCAGGGGAUUCAAGAUUUUCUUUGUGGCCUUCUAUCAAAGAUUCGAAGAUAGGCGAUACUAUACGAAAUCCCACUGAAUUGGUAACUAGAAUAGAUUGGGAUUUUAGUAAUAUCUUAAACACCCAUGUUCAUUUAUCAGAGACCAAAUUAGCCGACUUGAUUUCAAAACAUGAUAUUGUACAUGUUUCUAUCCCAUUUGGUCGUAGAGCAGCCCAAAGGUUGGGAGUGAGUUCAGAUUCCAUGAUUCAAGUAGCACUACAAAUUGCACAUUACGCAUUGUAUGGCAGGAUGGUUUAUGGAUUUGAACCAAUUUCAACCAGAAAGUUCAGGAAAUCGAGAUCAUGCUUUAUUAAUAUUCAAAAUCAGGAUCUAUUAGAAUUAUGCCAAUUGUUCAUAUCGAAUUCUUUUGAUGGAAAUGUAAAAUUAGAGAAAUUUGUCUCUGCCUGUGAGAAGCAUUCCGUCAAGGUUAAGAAAGCCAAAGAGAACGGUGGCUUCGAAAAACACUUUAAUGCAUUGCGAUAUCUCUAUAAAUUCCAUGAUCAUUACGGUAUAUACUUGAACUCAAAUGAUAGGAAAAUAUCGGCAAACAUUUUCGAGAAUCCUUUGGUCAAACCAUUCUCGGCACCAGAUUUGAUUGUGGCAAAUUGUGGUAAUGCAGCGACAACGACAUUUGGUAUAACCCCUGCUGUUCCUCAGGGAUUCGGAAUAGGAUACAUAGUUAAGGAUGACCAAUGUGAUCUGACAGUGACUUCACAAUUUAGACAAGCAGAUAGAUUAAUGUUCAUGUUGAAUUGGGUAUUACAAGAAAUCCGAAAUUUUUGGAAAAAGUCAAAUGCAUCUAAUUUCAAUAAAACUGGUGUUAAAAUAAGUCCACUAAUUGAUAAGUUGUAUGAGAUGGACAAUGCGCUUAAUUCCAUAAAAAAAUCAAAUGAAUAUGCCUCGCAGCAAAAUAAAAUUAUUAAAGGAUAUGGAUUCUUCGAUCUGCAAGGACACAUCGAUAGUAAGAACAGUUCAAGACUGAAUUCUCAAAAUAAUUCCUCAUUACAGUUAUCAGAUUUGGCAAACACUUCACAGAGCAAUUUGGGACUCAACAAAAAUAAUAUAUUACUGCACUCCAGUCCAGCUCUGUCGGUUCCUACUGAGAAAGAAAAGCAAGAGACAGGCUGUCAAAUUCACCAAAUACAACCGGAGAAUACGUCAGAUGAAGAGACAUCGCCACCAUCAUCUGCAUCAAAAUCUGACACUGUUAAACGUAGUAACGUUAUCAAUUCAAAAUUUGAAAUUGAUUUCGAUCGUAGUGGGGUAGGUAGGAAAAUUCAAGCAAAUUUUGACUAA